ACUGAGCUGGACGAAUUUCACGCUUGGUUCAACGAGGAUCAGUACCUUCGAGCUCAGAAUGGAGUCAUUGAUUCAAAAAACUAUUGCUUGGUGGAACUUGAGCCUGUUGAUCCCCAUCAGCCUCUCGACGAAGAGCUCCUCAAUGCCGCAUCUUGGUAUCUCAAUUCCAUCAAUCCUUCCCCAAUGGAAGACGUCGUUCAAAGUGCACCUAACCCUCUGCCUUUCAUGCAUCGCGAUCCAUUGCACCAAUUCAUACUGCCCCCCCAUCUAGCCAAUCCUCCUCAUGAGAGAUGGAACGAUUUUCUCCAUAAGCUACAGGAAACGACUACUGGAGAACAGAGUUCGUACUCUCAUGACAUCAGCUCUACACCCGAUAUAAUUCGCACAUCCGAUCAAGAAGAUCUUACCGUUGACGCCAUCUACGCCAAACUGAUCUCACUCAUAUCCGAUCUACCUGCCAAUGAUCCUGUACCCAUCUUCAAUGAUAACACCCAGGACACUGGUGGAAAAGGUGAUGCCUCAGUUUUGGAAGCACACUCCACCGAUUCCUUGAGCCUUGAUGUAGAAAUGCUUGAUGCUACUCUACCCCUGAUGAUGGAUCAGGCGUUCACAACACCUUCAAUAUCCAAUACUACCACCAUACCCCUUAAUUUCGGUGACUCGGCCGUCUGCUGGUCAUCAGGAAUACAAGCACCGGCAAUAUCAUCAUUCCUUGACAUGAUGGAACUCGAUGAACCACCAAUCACAUUCGGCCCGCAACUCAUCCCAUUGAUGCUAUCGACACCAGACUUGGUAAACACUUGUCCAGGUCCACCUCUCGAUCUACCCAACGGAAUGAGCGAUGUGAAUGCCAAACACCCCCCUCUAUACAUACCACGGUACUAUACUCCUGGUAUCAAAACCCCUCGAUUGAGGCCAUUUGUCAAUACUACAGGAAGGCCUCGGUUUGUUCCACCAUCCGCUACAAGAAGGCAAGCUUCGGGUGAUGAUUCAGCAAAUGAGCCG